AUGUCAGUUACUCCAAAGCCUCGUUCAAAGCGUGUUAAGCGUUUUGAACAGUCCCACACACCAUCUGGACAUGGGGCGUGGUGUAGUAAUAACAUUGCGGCCUCUCUGGGCCAAACUAAUAAUACCACAGAGGAUUGUCUUGAUGGAUCCACUGUUAUUGAUCCAAUUGCACCAUUAGACGUCAUUCACACGGAUGAUGCAGAGGAGAUGGAGGCCCAGUCUGCGCCUGUGCCAGAAUUGCCGCCGACUGUCUCAUCUUCAGUGUUUGGUGCUGACAAUCCAUCAACUUUU